AGGGUCUUGACCGAUUAUACUCCAUAUCCUACCAAUGGAUCGGUGCGAUGGGAAUUUUUACAACAAUGAUCGUCGGCAGUCUUGUUAGUCUUGUCACAGAACGUCCCAAGCCUGAAUCGCUGGAUGUUCGGUACAUGUUACCAAUCGGUGAACAGCUGUGCCCAUACCUCCCAAAGGCAGCCAAGAAAUUUCUUCACUUCGGGGUACCGUUUGAAAAGAGGGAGGAACUGCUAAGGAAAACAAUUGAACUACAGGAGAAAGAACAAAAUGAAAUGAUUGAAAUGAUAUCCCCUAGUGAGGAUAAAGAAGCAGGACAAGGCGUUACCAUCACGACGGUAGUGGAGACUAACCAAUAGACAAUAAGAUACUCUUAACACCAGCUGUCAUCUGUCUACAUUUCUCCCAACACUUUUCAUUUCAUGUUGAAAUUCUUUCGAAUUGUGGCGUCGGGACAGAAUAUUAAGACUCAGUUAUAUAAUGAUUGUUUUAAAUCAUAAAAGUUUUAAUAUAUAUAUGUUAUUAACGGUAAAUAACGUCCUUGUGACGGAUGAACAUAAUAAUGAUGAAAAACCCACACAAACCAUAAAAUCACAAGCGCAUUUACUUACUUUCAGACCAAGCUCUCACCUGAAGAGCUUGCUCUGAAAGCAAGUGAAAGCGCUUGUGAUUGAUCCUAUAUAUAAAUUGAUAAUUAAUACAGCAAGACAAAUACCGAGAGAACACAAUUUUGUGACCCGUGCCCAAACCGGUCCGCGAACUCUUGAACGAUCUAUCGCAUCUAAUCUGUCUAGGCAGAAUACCAGCAGCUAACACCACUACGCCAUAUUCACGUUCUUCCUUUGUCAUUUGUGUUUCUAUGUUAUAUAUCUAAUUAUUGUAAUUAGCACAAUGUAUCAUAUGCACUAUUUGUUGUUGAUCCGAAAGUAAAAUACUUGAUUUUCCUGUCGUAA